CCGAGUCGACCACUGUGGCCGUGGAAGUCUGACAGAGAUGGCGUCUCUUCUCCAGCCAGAUAGAGUCAUCUACCUGGUUCGCGGAGAGAAAAAGAUCCGGGCUCCUCUAUCCCAGCUCUAUUUCUGCCGGUAUUGUAGCGAGCUACGAUCCCUAGAAUGUGUGUCUCACGAGGUGGAUUCCCAUUAUUGCCCAAGCUGCUUGGAAAAUAUGCCAUCUGCUGAAGCUAAACUGAAAAAGAACAGGUGUGCCAACUGUUUUGACUGCCCAUGUUGCAUGCACACACUGUCGACUCGAGCCACUAACAUCGCGGCUCCUCUGCCUGAUGAUCCCACGAAGACUGCGAUGAAAAAGGCAUACUACCUGACCUGUGGCUUCUGCCGUUGGACCUCCAGGGAUGUUGGAAUGGCUGACAAAUCAGUGGCCAGCGGUGGGUGGCAGGAGCCUGAAAACUGUCAUAAUCAGCGGAUCAACAAGCUGAUUGAGUAUUACCAGCAGCUGGCUCAUAGAGAGAAGCAGGAGCGAGACAGGAAGAAGCUGGCCAGAAGACGACAGUGCAUGCCUCUGGCUUUCUCGCAACACACUAUUCAUGUGGUGGAAAAGUACGGCCUUGGAACACGACUGCAGCGGCAGAGGUCUGGAGCGCCCAUUUCUACUCUGGCUGGUCUUUCCCUUAAAGAGGGAGACGACCAGCGGGAGAUUACCAUUGAGCCUGCCCAGGCUCUUGACGAGGUGGAGCCUCUACCUGAAGAUUGUUACACCAGGCCCAUCUGUUUGCCAGAGGUGACCAGGCUGCGCCAGCGACUCCUGCAGCCCGACUUUCAGCCCGCAGGAGCCUCGCAGCUGCACCCGCGGCACAAACAUCUCCUGAUGAAACGCUCUCUUCGCUGCAGGAAAUGCGAGCAUAACCUGAGCAAGCCCGAAUUCAAUCCGACUUCAAUCAAGUUCAAAAUUCAACUGGUGGCUGUGAGUUACAUCCCUGAAGUGAGAAUUAUGUCCAUUCCAAAUCUGCGCUAUAUGAAGGAGAGCCAAGUUCUGCUGACCCUGACUAACCCAGUGGAGAACGUAACCCACGUCACCCUGGUUUCUUGUGAUGAGGAAGAUCCUGAUGACAUCAACAGCACUGCUGGGGUCAUUGUGCCCCGUAAGGAGUUGGUGUUGGCAGGGAAGGAUGCCGCCGCUGAGUAUGAUGAAUUGGCCGAACCUCAGGACUUCCAAGAUGACCCCGACGUUGUUGCCUUCAGGAAAUCCAACAAGAUUGGUUUCUUCAUCAAAGUGAUCCCUCGCAAAGAGGACGACACGGAUGUCACCGUUUCAUUUAAGAUCCGUCACGACUUCCGGAACCUCACCGCUCCCCUCAGGCCGAGCGAGGAGGGCGCCGACGCCACUGCGGAGGCCAUUUGGCUGACGCACCACGUCGAGCUGAGGCUGGGACCGCUUGUUCCUUGAAUGCACACACACACACACACACACACAGUGUUGGUCCCUUAAUCUAUCGUUUGAAACGGUUUCUUUUUCUGCUUAAUAUUAUGAACAAACAGUCAACAUUAGCUUACUGUUGAUGAGGGUUGCAAAGCGGUGGAAAAUUUCCGCUAGAUUUCCAUGGGAAGUUAAGCUGUGUAAUUCUGGAAAAUUUCUUAAUUGGAACCUUUGCAUGGGAAUUAACUCAGAAAAACAUCCAAGCAUAAAUUUGUGUUUUGUCAUAAACUGACAUUCGUGCAAAAUCGAUAGUUCUCCUUUUGUAUCUGCUUCAUUUGAUAUUCAAACUCAUACGAGGACAUUACAAUCCUUUCUAAAAAAAAUUCCCACUUCACUCGAGCGGCGGCGUUUCUGAAGCUAGCUUGUAACUCGAAUAUUUGCUUGCAACAAAGCAAAAAAAAAUCGACUGACAGCACGUGACACAGAAAAUUUAUUCCCAUACAUUCCUGUGGAAAGUUUCUGAUUGAGGAAAUUCACGGGAUUUUGCUGCCCCACCAUUGACCCAGUUUUGGGUUAUUUUGCCUUUUUUUUUGCCUUUGUUGCAUUAUCAGAUGCAGUUCUUCUUACUUAACUGGAUGAUGAGGACAAACUGAUACGAGCAUCAUAUCCAACUUUGUAUAGUCAUGUACUAUAUGCAAUCCCAGCAUAACAGGAGACUAGGAGUUGACUACCCUCCUCGCUGCUGCAUGUUUCCCUUCCACCGCCCUUCAAAUAUAUUUUUUUUCUAUCUACUUCAAGGCAACAAUUUGUCCUGAAGCUGUUUGCAGUGAUGAUGAAAUGCAUAAAACAACAGCAGUUGUUCACUUGAAACUUGGCAGCAUAAAAGAUGAGCAAAAGAAGAGAUCGAAUCAGAACAAUCCACAACACAGCUAUCUCUCUCUCUCACACACACACACACCCACACACACAUACAGUGCACGUGUAGCUUCCUCAGACAAUAGUGUUGCACUAACCCGCAUGGAUUAUCAAUAAUAAAUAUUACAACUGUCAUUGCACACAUGCUGCUGUACUCUGCUUUGCUGUUUGGCAAAUGGAGAACUGUUGACACUACGAAAUGCUCAGUAGUUUUACAGUAUGACUCGUCUUUGAGCUAUACUGUUUGAUUUGCCGUCUUGUAUUGUAAGCUGCUGUCACUUUUGGUUCCAAUUUUGUAACCUUGGUAAAGUGAAGAGUAAAACUACAUGCAUAAUCAUCUGUAAUCCCUAAUAAAAUAUCAUACUGAAACAAAUGACGUGAAAUCA